AUGGUGUUACCAAACGCCUCCUCCUCCUCCUCCUCCUCCUCCUCCUCCUCCUCCUCCUCUUUGAUACCAAAGAAAUGGAGAAUCGUCACCAUUGCAGUGGCAUGCCUUCUUUUGGCCAUCCUACAGCUCUACGUAUUGCUGCCGUUGGAUCUUCUCGGCGCGCAAAGCAUGAACGAAGAGCGGUGGGCAGACGAUAUCAAGAGCAUGAUCAUCACUACCUAUCCCAAUAAUACACCCAUCGAACGACCCCCCACGCCAAAGAAACAGUCCAUUCUCGACGGCUUUGAUGGAUACAAAUCUCACUUGCCCCCAUUACAAUACAACUUUGGCAUUGAACCACCAGAAUAUACUCAGCUCAGAGAAAAGAGAAGAGAAGCCAUCAAGGCUUCUUUUCUUCAUGCCUGGAACGGUUAUAAAAAAUAUGCCUUUACGCAUGAUGAAUUGAAACCCCUCACGAAUCAACCCAACGAUCUUUAUGGCGGGCUCGGCUUGGGUUUGAUUGAUGUCCUUGGCAUGAUGCUCAUGCUGGAUAGGGGUGACGAUUUUCAUAACCUUCAAAAACCUGUGCGUGCCAUUUCUUUUCAUGUUGAUAAAGAACUCGACAUGUUUGAUUUCGUGACAAAGCACAUGAGCGGUUUGAUCAGCGCCUAUGAACUCUCUGACAGAUUCGAAGACGCCCUGAUCCAACGGUCCACGAGCUUGGCCAAUGAUUUCUUGGAAGCUUACAAGACCCCUUCAGGCUUACCACGACAUACCUUCAAUCCCUUUCAAAACAAAUCAAGUAGUGCUGAAGAGUGUUCUAUAGGCCAAAUCGGUACAAUGCAACUUGAAUUUUUGAUGCUCUCUCAGCUGAUGAACAAUCCCAAAUUUGGCAUGAAGGCUCAAGAAAUGAUCGACUUUAUUGAUCAUAUGGAGUACGAGCAAGGCAUGUAUAUUAAAGGAUUGUAUCCCACCACCAUCGAUACUCAAAAAGGCAGAGGGAAGAACGCCAUGGCUUCUUUUGGUUCUAAAAGCGGCAGUGUGUACGAAUAUUUCCUCAAGGCUUAUUUGUUGACAGAAGGCACUCAACCUCAAUAUGCCCGAAUGUACAAAGAAUCCAUCGACAGCAUGAAGAAAUACAUGUUACGACAAGUACCUGAGCGUGACAUGCUGCUGUUGACCCCUUUCGAUACCCAACGUCAACAAAGCGAGCCUGGGAUGGACCAUACCACCUGCUCGAUGGCCGGUAUGCUAGCGAUCGGCUCAAAGACGUUCAAUGAGCCUGAAGAUCUGGACAUCGCCAAGGGUCUCAUGGAAACCUGUGUCUUUAUGUACCGUACCACAGCAACAGGAUUGGCGCCAGAAAGCUGGUCCAUCACCAAAACAGAACCCUACAACUAUUAUACUUUUAAUAAAACGAAGAGCGAACUGACCCAGUCGCGUGAUUGGUGGUAUAAAGAAAAUAGGAUGAAUCCUUAUUUAGAAGAAAAGCAGAGACGCCAACAGGAGCAGGCAGCAGCAGCAGCAGCAGCAGCAGCAGCAGCAGAAGCUGAGAAUGGAGGUUCAGACAGUGAUAGUGGAUCAGACAUGAAAAAGAGACAGGGAGAAGAAGCAACGCCUACUGAAGAUGUGACUGCAGCCACACAGCCUCAAGAAGAAGAAAAAGAGGUCGUUUAUGGACAAGAAUAUCAUACACAGUAUACUCUUCCACCUGUAAAACCCAGACCAGAAUCCUUCCUCUUGACCGAUAAGAGUUUCCAUUUGCAUGCAGAAACAAUUGAAAGCUUAUUUGUAUUAUACCGUUUGACGGGCGACCAAAAAUACCAAGAAUACGCUUGGGAAAUUUAUCAAGCCAUUGAGAAAUGGUGCAGGACAGAGAGUGCUUUCGCUGGUGUUCGCAAUGUCGAAAAGAAGGCAGCCACAGGCCACCUCACGGAGAAUCAGAUCGACACAAUGGGAAGUCACGUCUUUUCUCAAUUGUUUAAAUAUCUUUAUUUACUUUUUAGUCCCCAUGAUUUCAUGUCACUGGAUAGAUUUGUCUUUAAUACCCAUGGUCAUGCAUUGCUUCGUAGACGUUGGAACUGGGAUAGAGUGUUCUUGGCCGACGCAUAA